AUGGACACCACUUCACAGCGAGGUGCCAGUACUUCUGUCGGCACGUCGCAGGAAGAGCGGGACCGCAAUGUGUUGCGUCUCGCUCCAGAAAAGAAGGCAUGGAUGCCUCCUAAAUCUGUCAUGGAUCACUUGUCGGCGACGACGAGUGAUCGUUAUCGAACACGAUUGUUCGAUUCGUCGAGGAUUCAUCACCUUGACCCCAGCGCGAAGGACUAUCGCGCUGAACAUGAGUUCUUCAUCGAUGCUUUCUUCAGACAUCGAUGGUACAGUGGGAAUCACAAGCGUGAUGGUCCCUCACUGCUUCAGGCGUGGAACGCCUACAUCUAUAACCUUGAGGAUGUAGGUCGUGACGCUUGGAACGACAAACUUAUCAAAUCUCGUGAUAAGUUUGAAAAGCGAACCCCGACAGGUGCACGCUACAAACUGCAUCUUCUGUCAAGGGAGAAAGGAUUACCCUGCCUUUCUUGGGGAGACUCGUGCCCAUGUUGUGUGAACAACUCUGCACGAGCACCUAAGGAGGCUUACCUCCUUACCAGCCCGUGGUGGCGCGUACGUGUCUCUACUGAGAUGUACGAAGGGAUUGACAACCUGAAAUCCCUUUACGACCGUGCCGGGAAGACUUUCUCCGGCGGUCCUUCUGCGGCACAGGAUGUGUCGCGUCGUACUGCUCGACCAGACCCAGUACGUCAACCAUCAGUUGGGAGCGGGGCUCCCAAGAAUCCCAGGACGGGGGAUAGCCGCGCCACCGGACGAGGUAACUCGUCCGACGUCCGUUCACGUCGCGGUGGUUCAACAGCUGCUCUACUAGAUAGCGCUGGCCACCGCGAGAGUCCUCUAAUGGAGGUGGAGGAGGAGGAAAGACGCUCUCCACACGAUCAUGUGGAUCGGUGUGUUCCCGAGAGCUUCUUUGAUCGCGUAACGCAAGGGUUACGCGACGAUCUCGAGCAUGAGCGGAAUAGGCGUCUCCAGAUGGUGGACACUGCCUCGAAGCAUCGAGCUGAGUUUGCCUUUGCUCAGCUUGAGAACGAGAGAUCUCUGACAUCUCUUCGUGACGAGCUAAGGGUAGCUCGUGGGAUUGUUGAUCGGUCUCGGGCUGAGAUAACUGCUCUUCAGACCCUUGUUGAUGCCCACCAUCGGGAGCACAAGGCUCUCUGCGAGAUGCUUGAGCGCAAGGGCGUUCUUCAUCGGAAGAAGCAGCGUACUGAUGGUACGGCUUAA